AAAUCUCUUUUGACUCUAAAUAAGUUUCACACAAUACAUUUGAUUCUUGAAUGGACUACUAAAAAAAAAGUUUCUUUGGCUAUAAAAAUGGCUGCCUUGACACGUGUAUCUCCUUACCAAAGCCAUAAAUUAAGUUUGGUAAAUCAGAGACUUCCAGAAUUGUCUUCUUCACUUGUAAAAAAUACCUCAUCAUUUGUUUCAUUUCCAAAGAAAAACAAGAAAUUUUGCAGAUUUUCUGUGUUGGCAAUGGCUGAUUUGAACACAAGCACUGUUCUUGUUACUGGUGCUGGUGGAAGAACUGGAUCAAUUGUCUAUAAGAAGUUGAAGGAGAGGUCCGAGACUUAUACAGCCAGAGGUUUGGUUAGAACAGAGGAAAGCAAACAAAAAGUUGGUGGUGCAGAUGAUGUUUAUAUUGGUGAUAUCAGGAAUAUCGAGAGUCUUGUUCCUGCUAUACAAGGUAUUGAUGCUCUUGUUAUUCUUACAAGUGCUGUUCCAAAAAUGAAACCCGGGUAUGAUCCAACAAAAGGCGGAAGACCUGAAUUCUAUUUUGAGGAUGGGGCAAAUCCUGAACAGGUAGAUUGGAUCGGCCAAAAGAACCAAAUAGAUGCUGCUAAAGCUGCUGGUGUGAAGCGGAUCGUGCUAGUUGGGUCAAUGGGAGGGACAAAUCCUAACCACCCCUUGAACAGUUUGGGGAACGGGAAUAUAUUGAUUUGGAAAAGAAAGGCUGAACAAUACUUGGCUGACUCUGGAAUUCCAUAUACAAUUAUAAGGGCUGGAGGGCUACAAGAUAAAGAAGGUGGUAUAAGGGAACUACUUGUUGGAAAGGACGAUGAACUUCUCGAGACAGAAACUAAAACUGUUGCUAGGACUGAUGUUGCAGAAGUCUGCAUUCAGGCACUACAGUAUGAGGAAGCAAAAUUCAAGGCAUUUGAUCUGGCUUCAAAACCUGAGGGAACUGGCACUCCAACUAAGGAUUUUAAGGCUCUAUUUGCACAAAUCUCUACUCGUUUCUGAUAUACGUCUCCCUAGGACUAUGUCCAAAAUUUUCAUCAGUCUAUUCUACCAACAUUUGUUCAAAGGGGAGGCUAUAAACUUAAGGUAGACAGGCAUCUGAGUUUGGUUGUACUAUUGCAGAUCCCUCCCCGUGCCCCUCUGCGUAGCAGCUAACCUCAUCGAUACGAUGGCAUACUCAGAUAUGACUUGCCAAUAGUUCAAUGAUACAGUAGAGGGUUAUGUUAUGUGCCUCUCUUGAUUUAUCUGAUGUUUGGAAGGCAAAUAACUCAAUAAGCACUGUUGAACUUGUGCAAGAGGCAAAGUACUGUCUUAUUAUUACUUGCUUGCAUUUGCAUGCUUCACCAAAUAAUGUUUCAACUUUAUGAUUUUCAUUUUAUGCAUCAUUGAUGGCAAUCAAA